AUGAUCCGUUGUGCUCAGGCGUCCAUUGUGCUGGCACGGAUGAACUUCUCAUCUGCCUCCCUUUCGUCUGGUCGCUCGUUAUACUCUUGCAGUGAUGAGGAAAGCAAGAAAUAUGAUGAUUGUUACAUCAGCAACAAGAUGAUAGCCAAGACUGAGCAAGCCAGCAAUGGAAGUGAAAAACCAAAGACAGAUGAGGAGAUUAUCCUGCAGUCCAUGGUUUGCAUUGAAGAAGAGCCAUCAGAAGUUCAGAUGGCUGCUUACAACAAGGCAAAGAAGGAGUAUAUAGAUUACUUGGAGAAAGUGGCAAAAUUGAAGGAGGAUCCUAAACUUCUCAUCAUUGAGUUGGAUCAUCGAGGAAAUGUCAUUAGUUCAACUUCUCCCAAAUCAUCCAUCAUUGCAUCCACCAACCCUGUUGCCAUUGGUCAAGCUCUACCUGUAUCAGUUCAGCAGAUAGCAUCAUCAGGUUCUACACCACUUGCAGUGUCUGGAAGUAUCCUCGUGGUGAAUCCCAGUACAGGAACCAUUACUAUGGAAGCAAUCCAGAAGCCACUAACAACUGCUGAAAGCAAAGUCCCUGUCACAACUACACCAGUUUCAACAAAACCCAGCCUUUCUGUCACAACCAGAGCCAUGAGAUCAGCAGCACUGAAAGUAGUGAGUGUAUCUUCAAAGGCUGGAGUGACUACUUCAGGGGGAACCACAGGGACCAGUUCCUCUGGAGCAGUGAAAGGGGACUCUGAGGCAAAAGGAGCAGGUACAGCUGUAGGUAUCAAAGGGUCAGCUACCUCAGGUGUUGUGAAAGGAGCAGCUGCCAAAGGAGCAGCAACCUCUGGAGUUGUUAAAGGGACAAGUACUCCUGGAGUUGUGAAGGGGGUGAGCACUUCUGGAGGCAUUAAAGGACCAAGUGCCUCUGAGGUUGUCAGGGGGAAAAGUGCAAGAAAAAGUGCCCCAGGGAGCAUAACUUCUGGAAUUGCCAAAGGGGCAGUUGGGGGAGCAAAAGGGACUGGCACUUCUGGAGGAGACAAGAUGACAAGUCCUACUUCAGAGAAAAUAGGUCCCUCUGGAUUGAGAACAAUCAGUUCGAUUGGGGGAAAGAUGAGCACUCCAAGCACCAGUAGUGCAGGCACAAACUCUUCUAUUCCAGCCAAUCAGACUAAAAGUCCGCCUUCAUCUGCAACUGUUGCCCCAAAACUGGUGGAGGUGGAGGUAGAGACGAGAGAUAGUCUAAAGGUGAGUGAAGAGUUGCUGAAACAUGCUAUGCUGCUUGUCUUCCCUCGUCCCAAGGCCCAUGUUGACAAAGAGGCUGCAAAGGCUCUUCGUUUGGAACUUGACAAGAAGGUGAAGGGGUACCUGGGCUACACAUCAAAUCGCUUCACGGAAUUCCUCAUUCAGUCUGGACUUGUGCGAAGCAUCCAGUACUGUGACCUCCACUCGGACCAGAGAAACCGACCCACUGAGCUCAAGUUGGCUGUCUAUUCAGAUGUCUCCAAGUUCCCACAUUCAGGGGGAUAUGUUUGGGUCAGCGAUUGCUGCCCUGACCGCUUUGUGUCUGUAUUUCGGGGUUCCAUUUUUGAAGGUGCCAAUCAGAACCCUGCUGUGAUUCUCAAGCUCAUCUAUCACUGGGCUUGUCAGACAAACCCAACCAAUGUCUCUCUUUGGGUCAAGACUGAGUUCUCAUAUGUUGCUGCCUUCUACUGCACCUUGCGGGGGACAUGCACACUUGCUGUAAAUAAGCAUUUGGGCAAACUAGGGGGUCGUGGGAAACGCGUGGAGGUAGGCUUUGUGCGACUUCGGAACAAGGAUGAAAAUGGGAAGAAUCUGGACUUUUAUGUCUUGGGAAUAUAUGACAAAGGAUUGCCAGGCUAUCGAUUCCUUGCCCUUGAAGCCAAGGCUCAACUGGAUCUGGGUCAGAUCCGUGAAUUUCUCAUAUCAACUAUUCACCAAUGCUCCGAGAUUGAAUUCGACUCGAAGGUGUUGAACGAUGCAGUGUUCCGUGGUGUCUUCCCUCAUGGCACACUCUUUGGGAUCCCUGAUGGAGCUGCAACAAUCCAUGCCUACAUGAAAGAGAGAAUCCCUGGCUUAUUCAAGCUCUCCUACCAUUCCAUGAAGGUUCAAACAAUGCAGCAAUUCUUGGAUGAGUUAUCCUGGAGGGAGAAAUGGGGGCAUGGGGCAAAUCAUGCCUUUGACAACCUCAUUAAUCACAUUGCAGCAGAGACCAAGACAUGUCAGAAUUUGGUCUUCAGACCCUAUACAGUAUGGAAUCAGGGGACCAUGGUAUCUCAGUAUCAUCAGCAGGGUCUCGUGACUCGGCUCUCUCGAGUCAUUCACAACCCUGCAGCACGUUGGAUUUUACAGUUGAUUCCCAAACCCCAUGAUGAGCCGAAGGUGACAUUCACUUCAUCAGCAUCAAUACCAGCCCAAAAACCUCCUCCUCCCAGACCUGCUUCAAAGCUUUCAGACUCUUCUUCAUCCUCAGAGAGUGGUUCGAUGGUAAUGAAAAAAUCUGAAGAGAUGGUCAUGCUUGUCCCUUAUUAUUAUGCCCGCCUACCUGGCAAGACACUUCAAGAUAAGCCUAGGACUCCUGUCAAUGUCAAGUGUCACCUGUGCACCAGAGUGUUCAGUGAUGCCAAGAAGCUGACCCAUCACCUGAUCCUUCAUCUGGAGAAUUCCCGAAGCUAUUCAUUUGACCUGAAUGAUCUCACAGUGUGCAAGUAUUGCUUUCGGAACUUCACCACCCCUUUUGCCAUGCAGACUCAUGUGGAAGAGGUGCACCUGAAGAGCCAUGGGAUCCUCGAGUGUGGAAUCUGUAACGAGGUGCACAAGAAUCGAAUAGAGCUGAUUGAUCACAUGCACAAGACUCAUGUUCAGUGUGAGAUGCCCUACUCUUGUGGUCUCUGCAACUACCGCUCUUCUUUUUAUAAGGAUCUGCUGGAUCAUUUUCAGCAGUUGCAUGGGGAAUCGUACAUGAUGUGUCACCACUGCCUGAAGUUGUUCAAGGGAACAUCAACCAUGUCAGCCCUGUCUUUCUUCCAGCACAUGCAGAAGCAUCAGGGGAGGAAGCGAGAGGCAAAGAACAAAUGUAAAGCCUGCUGUCUUAUGUUCCCUAAAGUGGAACAACUGAGGACCCAUGUUCAGUUGGACCAUAUCUCCUUUGCUUCUCACAGUGGUGUGAAGGCAGUAACUGCAGAAGAGCUGAAGGAAGUUGUGAUGAUGCCCCGCCCAGAUGAGUCAGAGCGAACGAGCCUGCGCCGGAGACGCUUCCGACCUGUCAGUACUGGCCUUCCUCCCUCAGUAUAUAAGAGUGUGGGGAACAUACCCAUCCAGAUGGACCCAAGCUGUCUGGGCUUCAAGUGCCUGGAAUGCUCAUCUCUAGUUUCCUCAUCUGACCACUUCUCGGGAGUAUGGUGUUGUACGCACUGUAGUUACACUACCUGUUGUGAGAUAGCAGCUGAGUCUCACCCGAAAAACUUUCAUGAGUUGAACCAAUCUCCUCUCCCCACGAAAUCUUUUCCUCCUCUUCCCCAGCCCUUAUUCUGCAUCUGCGAAUUUUCUUCCUCAUCUGGUGAUGCCCUUGCAAAUCAUCUUGCCCAGUGCCGGAAGCAUUCUGUGUAUCCUUCAGCAGAACGGGCUAGUCGAGCUACACUUGAAUGCUCCAGUGCCUUUUUCCCUCCACUGGUGGAUCUGUUGAGUGACGAUGAUGAAGAUGAACCUCAGCCAUCAGAAAAUGAUCUGAAUGAACUAUGGUACAGGGCUUUAUUGAAGAACCAAAGGGCUUCUUACACUUCAAGCUCUUUGACAUUUGCUUCACAUCUAUCUGAUGGUGAACAAGAGAAAGGGAUGGAGAAUGGAAAGGAGGAGAAAGUGAAUGAUCGGGAGCUUGAAAAGCUGGACAUGUUGGGGAUGCUCGGCCUGCGAAGGAAGCGAACGGCCGAUUCCCCACCAUCUCGAUCUGAGGAACCUAAAGCCAAGCAACGAAGGCGGCAAUCUGUGUCCGAGAAACCCGCAGUGAAGCAAAUGAGGCCUCGGUCUAAGAUCGAGAAAUAUGAAGUAAAGCAGGAGUCCCCGUCUCAUUUUGAGGAACCUGUAGUCAAGAAGGACAAGUCUCAUUCUGUGGCACCUCCUAGUCCUCAUCACUUAUCCUGACUCUGAUGUCAUUUACCUUCAUGCUUCGUCUUUUAUUGGUGUGAAAUUUUGACCUUUCACGUGGUUGACAUACAGCAGGGAAUUCCCUGCCAUACUUUCUCGUUCUCUGAGAAAGAGAAGAUUCUGGUGAAGAUGUGACAUUGGUCCUUAUCUGGGCGAACUUGAACUUCUGUCUUGGAUGCAUGCAUCUGGCUUUCCACUUCCUCUCCCUGUCUUUCAUGGAUCAUUUGCUGUAGAUGAACGUGUGAGAUGAUUCAGAGAAUCCCCAGAUUCAUAUGCUUCUUUUUUCCUUAUGUUCUUGACAUCUUCAUUGUCAUUGAUCUCAGCUGGGCAGCAGAAUAAUAAAAGUGUGGAUGUUGAA